UGGGAUGGCGCGAGACCACAUGUGAGUGGUGGUCUCGGAGGCACCUGAUUCCGGACUCCGUUCCGGUUACGAUUGGUUUUGGAAUUUUUCGCUUUCAGCUUGACUUGACCACAGGGGGUGGGAUUUAACCAUGGUUAGCUCGGUCCGGGUUAGACCCUGGCUCCCGCGGCCUUUAUAAGGGAACCUCUUGAGCCUUUCGUUUCCGCAUCAACUUCUCGUUUGCGCUUAAACAGAGACUGCACUUUAAUGGUCGAGUCCUUCAUUUUCCAUUUCGUUUCUUUCUAGAGCUUAGCUCUUACCUUUUCAUUGUCCUAUCGAGUUCUUAUUUUCUGUUUUUUUGCUGCAGAGAUCGGUGAUCGGAAAUGGCGGAGAACGGGAACGGUAACGGAGUGAACGGAGAGAUGAGGUUUGGGAACGGAGGGAGCGCCGGACGGAACGGGCUGGCGAAGAUACAGACGCACAAGAAACAGAACGAGAUCUGUCACGACGACAGUGCUCCGCCGGUGAAGGCUCAGACCAUCGACGAGCUUCACUCGCUACAGAAGAAGAAGUCUGCCCCUACUACUCCUAUCAGAGGAGGUCUGGGUCAGGUGCAGGGCACCGCUUUUGCAACAGUUUCUGAAGAAGAGCGCCAAAAGCAACAGCUGCAGUCCAUCAGUGCGUCUUUGGCGUCACUGACGAGGGAAACAGGGCCCAAGGUGGUGAAAGGAGACCCGACCAGAAAGUCGGAAACCCCAAGGGGGACGCACGUUACGCACCAUCAUCAUUGGACGCCAUCGUUCAGCACCAGCGACAGCGCUUUGAAGUUCACCCAUGUCCUCUACAAUCUCUCCCCUGCUGAGUUGUGCGAGCAGGCCAUAAAGCACGAGCACGGGUCGUUCAUUACAUCGAAUGGGGCGUUGGCGACGCUGUCCGGAGCCAAAACGGGUCGAUCUCCCAGGGAUAAACGCGUCGUCAGGGAUGACAACACCGAAGACGAGCUCUGGUGGGGAAAGGGCUCACCCAAUAUUGAAAUGGACGAGCACACUUUCUUGGUGAAUAGAGAAAGAGCAGUUGACUACUUGAAUUCUUUGGACAAGGUGUUUGUGAAUGAUCAGUUUCUGAACUGGGACCCACUAAACCGAGUUAAAGUCCGAAUUGUCUCUGCCAGAGCUUAUCAUUCCUUGUUCAUGCACAACAUGUGUAUCCGACCCACUCCUGAAGAGCUGGAGGAUUUUGGUACUCCGGACUUCACUAUAUACAAUGCUGGUCAGUUCCCGUGUAAUCGUUACACCCACCACAUGACAUCCUCCACUAGCAUAGAUCUUAAUCUUGCUAGGAGGGAAAUGGUCAUCCUCGGCACCCAGUACGCCGGGGAAAUGAAGAAAGGUCUGUUCAGUGUAAUGCAUUAUCUCAUGCCCAAGCGUCAAAUCCUCUCCUUACAUUCCGGCUGCAAUAUGGGCAAAGGUGGAGAUGUCGCCCUCUUCUUUGGAUUGUCAGGUACUGGCAAGACAACUCUGUCUACAGAUCAUAAUAGGUAUUUAAUUGGAGAUGACGAACACUGUUGGAGCGAAAAUGGAGUGUCAAAUAUAGAAGGUGGUUGCUAUGCUAAGUGCAUUGAUCUCUCUAGGGAGAAGGAGCCUGAUAUCUGGAAUGCCAUCAAGUUUGGGACAGUGUUGGAAAAUGUGGUGUUUGAUGAGCAUACACGAGAGGUGGAUUAUUCAGACAAAUCAGUUACGGAGAACACUCGUGCAGCCUACCCCAUUGAGUACAUCCCUAAUGCAAAGAUACCAUGUGUUGGACCACAUCCAAAGAACGUCAUACUUCUGGCCUGCGAUGCUUUUGGUGUGCUCCCACCUGUGAGCAAGUUGAACCUAGCACAAACAAUGUAUCAUUUCAUUAGUGGCUACACUGCUUUGGUGGCUGGCACAGAAGAUGGUGUGAAGGAGCCACAGGCGACAUUCUCAGCCUGUUUUGGAGCAGCAUUUAUAAUGUUGCAUCCUACCAAGUACGCUGCGAUGCUUGCUGCAAAGAUGCAGAAGCAUGGUGCCACCGGAUGGCUUGUCAACACUGGCUGGUCAGGUGGAAGUUAUGGCUCUGGGAGUCGUAUUAAGCUACAAUACACUCGAAAAAUCAUUGACGCCAUACAUUCGGGCAGCCUCCUAGAGGCAAACUACAAAAAGACUGAAGUGUUUGGGCUGGAGAUCCCGACUGCUGUUGACGGUGUGCCUUCUGAAAUUCUAGACUCCAUGAACACUUGGUCUGAUAAGAAGGCUUACAAGGAAACGCUGUUGAAGCUGGCUGGCCUGUUCAAGAAGAACUUCGAGGGCUUCAUGAACUAUAAGAUUGGCAAGGACAAGAAGCUGACAGAGGAGAUCCUUGCAGCUGGUCCUAUCUUCUGAUUCCCAGGAGUCGGUAAAAGAAAAGUGGAACUAUCCGGGGGAGUGGGGACUAGAAAAAAGAAAAAGAAAAAGAAGAAAAUAUUGAAAUAGGAAUAAAAAGUUCAAGUUAAUUGGGUUUGGGAGGUGUUGUAAUUAUUGUCUUCUGUUUAGUCAUGUAAACUGGGCGCAGUUAUCAUAUUUUGAGGGCAUAUCUUUUUCUA